AUGGUGGCAACGCACGACAGGAGUCCUCGUUCUUGUCGAUUGAUUAGCCAGUGGAUUCUGAAGAGAAUCAAAAUAAGUGGCGUGGAUAAAAAAACACCACAGAGUUUGGCAUGGUUUAUUGAAGACUUGCAUCUAGGUAUGAUACAUAUAAUACACCACGUGAACAAGUUGUCAACAAGUUUUCGGCUGUAACACCCGUAACAACGUUGUUUAUAACUUGUUCGUGAGGUGCAUAUUCGGGGCCUGUCGAUAGGUGUGGCACAUCCAUAUAUAGAAAUAUAUACCCUCGUCGACGCCGUGAUGUGUUUGCUAAAACUCUCUGUUAAUUAGGAACAAGUUGUUGAUUUGUGCACGUGUAGUAUAAGUAGAUUUCAAAGCUACAACAAAGUUUUGUUUUGUGUAAACUUCAAGUAAAUUUAUUAUAGCAAAGCCUUCGAUCCGUAAGCCCGAUUUUUAUCGGAGCUAUUGCAUGAUCAGUAAAUUAACUUGGUGCUUCUACAAACCAAAAUCGCCGUCUAUUGUCACGCCAUUCUGCAAGGAGCAUACUGCAUUAAAUUUCACAACUGCUAACAGUCCAGCUCAGUAUAUGUUGAAGUGCAAAAAAACCUAGUAAAACAACAGAUAAAAAAGAUUGUCAAUAUAUACCUAACCCUUUUGUCGGUGAAUACAGCUAUUUCAAUUAAGGUUGUCCCGAAGACAAGAAGAAAAGGUCGAAUAUGAGCGCGAAAGGCUUAUCGGGAAAGACUACUUUUAUUCUCGAAUACAUUACCAUUGAUUCAUAGGUUUGAUUCAUAAGUUUAAAAUUAGAUCUUGCUUUCUCAUAAAUAUAAAUCGCGACUACGUAUCUCUAUAGAAACUAAACUUUGUUCUGUUUGUGUAUUUUUAAUCGUCACUCCCAGCAAACUUUCCGCGCUCGUAUUCGACUUUUCUGCUUUGCUGGGAGACAACCUUAAUUGACUUAGCUCUAUACCUUAUUAUUCAAAAGUAUAUGCAUCCACGUAGAAAGGCAGUAAAACAAAUGCCAAGGAAAUUGAGAUUUUCGUUACGUUUUCUAAUCAUAAUAUCUGUAUUAAUCACGAUUAGGUUGUUUGUUUGUUGUGAUUACUUUUGCAAAAACUCACUUUUUAUUUUCCAAUGAAACAUACAACAAAGAUUAAAAUAUCCUGCCCAAAAACUUUAGAUUGCGAUCAGAAUGAUGUCACAAAAGAAACGGAUCCAUACGAAAUUACCAGUGAGUUAGAAGAUUCCGCUGAACAUCAUGAGGUAUUGUUGCUUUUUUGGUAAACGAGACGACUACAAUUACAUGGACCGGGCCAGCCCCGUAAACUGGGGUGAAUAAACUCAAUAAUAUCAUGGUUGCCUGAAUUUCUUUUGUCUUUACAGUUUGAAUUAAUAACUAGUACACCUAUCAUGACAUUAUGCCAGGUGUAUUAGAACUAAUACAACCCCGCGAGUUCAUAAGGUCUAACAAGCCCCACGGAAAUUGCUUCCCAAAAAUCAUCCUGGUAAUCCUUUGUACUGAUCUGAACAAAGAUACAGGACUUGCCUUUCACGCAUAUGUGAGCGCAAGUAACGGUUUUUAUUCAAAUAUAAAGACCUUGGACCUUGUUCUUAACAUGCAGUUGAACAAAGCGAUCUUCUUUGGUCUUUAAUCUUAUAUGGAAAUGUUUUUCCUCAGAGCACCAAAGAUGAAACAUGGCUAUGUGAAUCACGUGACGGCCAAAAUAAUCAGCGAGUGACAGCAAUCCACCAAAGUAUUUGCAUAAGCAGGUAAGUUAAGUCUACAUAAAAAUUCACAAAAUUUACAUAAAAGUUCUACCUCCCGGAUCUUCAUUCGUAAGUCGACUCCCAAUCGCAUCGCGAGAGAAAUCGGCGUGUUAAUAAGGUCAUCUGAAGCUCAGUUGUGCUGUGUUGAAGGCGAAUCGUUGCAACAAAACUGUAUGAUUUGGGUUUAAAAUGUUGCCUAAAAAAUUAUAAACCAAUUUCAAUAGACGUUGUAACAUUUUUGAAAACAAAUGUGUUAACACUAAUCCAGUUUUCUGUACAACGCCACUUAUUUCUGCUAAUGAAUCCCUUGGUUAUCUUUAACAGCGAUUCCAGUACUGAGGAAGAUGUGGAACCAGAGAUAGAACUUUAUAAAGGUGACCCAUUAACUCCUGUUUAUGAGCGAAGAAACGAGGCAUAUUCCAUAGACGAAAUUGCAGAGAUUUUGAUCCGUGACCAGGCAAUGGAACGCCUUUGCAUUGCGCUGCCGGUUAACAUUUCCCACAUCGUGUCCUUUCUGGUGAACAAUGCCAAAAUGAAAAAGAUUGACGAUAUAAAGUACGACGAUAUGGGAGCAUGGAUUCACACUGGUACACCGAAAAGGUCAAUGACAGCUACGUACAAAAACGGAGAGUUCAAAUCUAUUCUGCAUAGCACUGACAUGGAUUGCGCAAACAAUGGAAAAGCCUUUGUCGUGAAAAGGACGUAUUACGUGGACAAAUCCAGCAGUGAUGUGAGAAAGAUUCAUUCGUCUUUGGAAG